AUGCGUAUGCCACGAAAGUUAGUACCCGUUUCAACGAUUGAUCCAGGCACUGGUCAUAUCUCUAUGCGACGAUCAGAUCCAAUGAUCAAUAAUUUUAACGAAUAUCUCAUGGCAGCUUCCCGUUCUAACAUGGAUAUUAAAUUUAUUUGGACUGGCAAUGAUGCAAAGGCUCUUGUUUAUUAUAUUACUGAUUAUGUAACAAAGAUGAGUCUCUCUUUUCACGAUACGUUUGCUCUUGUACAAAAAAGCAUUACAUCAAUUAUGAAUUCGUCGCAUCAAACAAAUAAUGAAAAUGCAAUUGAAAAAUCACGGAAGCUCGUUUUACGCUGUUACAAUACACUUGCUUCUCAAGAAGAGCUAUCUGGAGUACAAGUCGCUUCUUAUUUCAUGAAUUGGAAUGAUCAUUAUACAACACACAAGUUUGAAGGUCUCUAUCUAAUCCAAACUGAGCGAUAUUUACAAACCCAAUUGAACGAAAUACGCUCGAAGCAAAAAUUGAAACGUUCAAUGCAAGACGUGAUCAACGAUGAUGUAUAUGACGAUGACAUGAUUGACAAUGAAAACAAUGAAGAAGAGCAGUUUCAAAUUCAAUCAACUGAAAACGACAAAAAAUACGUACUCGUUAACACAAGAAUGGAUUAUCAAUAUCGCUCCGAUAUUCUUAAUGAGACAUGUUUAUAUGACUUUGUCAGCACAUUUUAUAAGAAAAAAAUGAACGCAACGGAUAUGAAAUAUUUAUCCAAGACUGCAUCGUCAAUGGAAGAAAGUAUAAAUAAAAAAGGGCGACCACCUAAUGAACGUUAUCCUUUCCAAGAACAGCAUCCACAAACAGCAACACAUCUAUUGAUGAAAUACAGUGAGCAUCAUGUACCGAUUCUUUAUGGUCCACAAAUUCCUCGACGGGAUCGUGACGAUACUCAAGAACGAUAUAAUCGAGCUCUUCUUACACUUUUUGUACCAUGGCGUAUCAUUACGGAUCUUUGUGACGUCAAUCAGACAUGGGAGGAUGCUUUUAAAUCUCGGCAAAAUCAUAUUUCUCUUCAUUCACGGCAGGUCAUAGAAAACAUUCAACUUUUACAUGAAUGUAAAAAAGAUCGCGAUGAACAUUUACUUCAAGUAAUUGCUGAAGCUCAAACUGAUAAUGACGUGGUCGAUUCUGUCCUUUUGCCUGCAAAUCAAGAUGUUCAUGGCGGAUAUGAUAUGGAUGACGCCAUUAAUGCCGGCAAAAUAUCAACAGAAGAUAAAUAUAUAGAAGAAACCAUCGAAGCAGUCGAGAAUGUUGGACGAUUUAAUAAUUUGAGUGCGCAUGGUCAACAUUCUUUAAAUGCAUUCAAUGAUCAUAUCGAUCAACAACUUGUACCGUUUAUUUCUGCAACACCUAAUCUUGUUCGACUUAAUACAAAAUGGCAAGAACAGCUGAAGACUGAGAAAGAACGAGCUAGACGAAGUUUGAUCAUCGGUAACUAUGACAAACUAGAUGACACAUUGGAUUUAUAUGCUGCAAAAGAUGCCGUUGUAACAGUGGUGAAUCCGAGCAAUUAUAAUAAAAACAAUCAUGAAAUUGAUGCUUCGAUUCUUCCGGUGGUUUCGGUUACAACUAACUUUCCCACUCAAAAAAGCAUUGCGGAUGAAUUUACAUUGAAUAAAGAACAACGUGCUGCAUUCAUGAUAAUAACAAGUCAUCUUGAUGGUGAUAGUCGAUGUCGUACAGGCGAUAAUAACGGACAACUUAUUAUGUGCAUACCUGGAUGCGGCGGUACAGGCAAAUCACAACUUAUUCGUGCUCUCAGAAAAUACUUUCUAAUUACAAAGAGAAUGCAAAUGAUGCGAAAGCUUGCACCAACUGGAAUUGCUGCUGCUGAAAUAGGUGGGAUGACAAUUCAUUCAUUUUUGGGUGAACAGCGUAAUUCCGGAAAGCCACGAACUAUAAAACCGGGUGAUUCAAAAUUGGAACAAGGAUGGAGACUCGUCGAAUAUUUAUUAAUCGAUGAAAUGAGCAUGGUUGGUUUAAAACUAGCAGGACUCAAUCGAAUUAUUUGCGCUGCAAAGCACGCCGAUCCUCAAGUUCCAUUCGGCGGUGUAAAUGCUAUCUUCUUCGGUGACUACUUACAAUAUCGGCCUGUGUAUGAUGCACCGUUACACACCGAUUUUUCAUUACCGUCGAAAACAAAAUCAAGCAAAUCUCUCAAUGAAAAAGAAAUUCAACAACGUGUUGCACGUUCUUUAAUUCUUCAAAUCAACUGCGUUGUAAAACUUACUCAACAGAUGCGAACGGAAGAUAUACGAUAUCUUCAAUUGCUCGAACGACUUCGCCAUGGACAAUGUAGCUACGACGAUUAUGAAUUAUUGCUGACGCGAGUUGUUGGACAACCAUCAAUAGGCUCUUUACGUGAUUCACCUUGGAAAAAAGCUCCGAUUCUUGUGUUCCGAAAUGAAGUGCGAACACAAUUGAACAACAAAGCAGCAAUUCACAAAGCAACAGAAAUGGGACAAGGUCCCAUGGUAUGUGUCGCUCAAGACACUUGCAAAGGCAAACCAAUUGAAGAUCCGGCAUUCAUUAAAAAACUGUUACAAUUAUCCGAUAGCAAAACGGAGCACUUACCAGGUCUGUUACCUUUGGUUCCUGGAAUGCCUGUUAUUUUAACACAGAACAUUGCUAUUGAACUGAAUCUCAUCAAUGGCAUGAAUGGAAUUUUUCGACAGCUUGUCUAUGAAGAAGAUUCUGUGUCAACUGAUGCUCUUUUGGGAACAUUUCCGAACAACACACGAUACAUCCAUAGACCUUUAUACACAUUGAUUGAAAUUAGCAGGGCGAAGAUUGAAUGCAAUCUUGAACAACUCCAACCAAAUCUCGUUCCAAUACCUUUAAUGGAACAAACAUUUCGCAUUGAUAUUUCCGAUGUUCUACCAAAAGAUAAGAGACCAAAAUCAAAUCGAACGGUAAUUCUAUCAAUCAAGCAGCGCGCAUUACGACUUGUUCCAGCUUAUUGUAUUACAACACAUAAAAGUCAAGGGCAAACUUUGAAUAAUGUUGUAAUUGAUUUGAAAUUACCAAAUGAAACUGAUGACAUUGCAGCAGUUUAUGUACCUUUGUCACGUGUUAAACGCUUGGCUGAUUUGGUCAUUUUGCGAUAUUUUGAUUACAAAGUAUUAUUAAUCAAACCAAGUAAAUCUCAACUUGCCGAAAUGGAAAGACUAGAUAAACUAUAUUCAGCAACACAACUGCGUUUUUCUGAAUGGUGA